CCGCAUUUUCCUUCAAUAAAAACGCCCGAAAUUUUACACCGUGCGCGCUCUUUGGCUUGUGCUUAACUUCAACCGGGAGCCACGCGAUAAUAUAAACAAACAUGCCGGUCGACUAAAAAACUAUUCGAUUUUACCAGUUGGGGUCCAGAUUGCCGCUCCGUUUAGGUUGCUAUUUAUCUGGAUCGAGACUUUAUUUACGUAAAAUUUUACGCCCGAAAAAACAAAGCGUGUUUUAUACGUUCCAAAAAAAAAACGUGUUUGUUAAAUAAAACAAAAAGCGACGGUAUUGGCAUCCGUCGAAUCCAUUAUUAUUUGUGCGCGAGUGCUUGUGUUUGUUUGUUUAAGGGUGAUACUGUUUACUUUGCAGGUUGCAAAACUAGGAUACAGUGUUUGCCGUGCCUAAAAUGGAAUAUGAUUUAUUUAUCUAUCCGGAAUUGCUGGCCUACUAUGAUGCCGCAGCUUUGGGACUGACCGCAGCGCCACCCUGCUGGCGGCUCGGCUUGGUCUUGCGUUCCCCUCAAAUGGUUGUUUUUUGGUGAGUACAUCAGCCGACAACCUGUUGUCGUCGUUUGCCAGAAAUCAAAGAAUCGUUAAUAAAGCAAUGCUGGUCCGGGCCGUGCUCGAUUACCAGGGCUGCAUAUCAACCCUUGCAGAGGUCCCUGUACCAGUUGAUCAUGGGAUCAUCUUUUCAAAUGAACCGAUGAACCGCCCUAUUCAAGUGAAGCCAGCUGAUAGCGAAAACCGUGGUGAUUUUGACAAAGAAAAAAGCGCAAAAUCAGGCUCAUAUAACCGAUUUUAUAAUAACGGGGAUGGUACCGACCGUAAGCUGUUCGUGGGAAUGCUGAGUAAACAGCAGACGGAUGAAGAAAUUCGACAAUUAUUUACACCAUUUGGAACAAUAGAGGAAUGCACUAUUUUAAAGGGGCCUGACGGAGCUAGCAAAGGUUGUGCAUUCGUGAAAUUUAGUUCACAUCAAGAAGCUCAGGCGGCAAUUAAUACCCUUCAUGGUAGUCAGACUAUGCCUGGUGCCUCUUCGAGCUUAGUGGUGAAAUUUGCGGACACAGAAAAAGAAAGACAGCUUAGACGAAUGCAGCAAAUGGCUGGAAACAUGAGUCUCCUUAAUCCCUUUGUUUUUAAUCAAUUCGGUGCCUAUGGAGCGGCGUACGCACAACAACAAGCAGCUAUAAUGGCAGCAGCAACUGCACAGGGUACUUAUAUAAAUCCAAUGGGAGCUAUUGCCCAGCUACCCACUCACGCUAUUAAUAGCAUAAGUGGAAUCGGGAAUGCGGUUGUUCCUCCAGCAAAUGCUCCAGAAUAUGCAGAAGUACAAGUAGGCCCUCCAGUAGACAGAAACGGACAGCCAGUUAAUGGAAGUAUCCCAAGUUUACCAUCCCCGACCAUGCCGACGUUUACUAUGGCUGCUCAAACUCCUAACGGACCACAAGUCAACGGACAAGAAUCAAUUUAUACUAAUGCGAUUGCGCCACAAAAUUUUCCUCCACCGCACCCUCUUCACCUUUCCAUACCGGCUCAAGGACUUCCGAAUGGCGAAGCCGCUCUGCAACAGUCUGCAGGAUUUGCACAAGCGAUGCAACCACCUGGUUUCGGAAUCGGCGGAGUUGCAGCUUAUCCUGCAAUUUAUGGCCAAUUCCCACAAGCAAUCCCUCAACCGGUGUCGGCGAUGGCCCCCGCACAAAGAGAAGCUUACCGUAUAAUUGAUCAUCUAGGUUGUUCUAUAUCUGGUCCAGAGGGUUGCAACCUGUUCAUCUACCAUUUACCUCAAGAAUUUGGUGACGCCGAGCUAAUGCAGAUGUUUUUGCCUUUCGGUAACGUCAUCAGCUCCAAAGUAUUUAUUGAUCGGGCUACUAACCAAAGUAAAUGUUUUGGUUUUGUAUCGUUUGAUAACCAAGCCAGCGCCCACGCAGCCAUUCAAGCUAUGAACGGCUUUCAAAUUGGAAUGAAACGCCUGAAAGUUCAACUGAAGAGACCUAAAGACACGAAUAGGCCCUACUGAACCUAAGAUAACCUACACAAAUCCGGCCACAAAUUUGGCAAAGAACAUUGUAUCGCCAUAGCAUCUAGUCGUCAUUUAGCUUAUAUUAUAUAUAUCUACAAAAAGUAUGUGUGCGCUUAGUGGAUUAACCUCAACAUAUUAUUUAAUACAAAAUUGUAUGUGACUUAUUAUGACUAACUGUGAUUUCACAUACAAUAUUAAUACUAGUUGAAAUGCUCAAUAAAUUAAUGUUAUGUAUGUGAAAGCUUCUAAAAAAAUAAUGUUUGUUUAAUAAGUAUUUCUAUAUUCACAUAUCGUUAUGAUAAAUAAUCUUAAAUUUUCAGUAUAAAAUAUAAAUGUUUUAUAAAGUUUAAGAUCUGUCAAAAAAUAUAUGCGAUUUUGAUAUGUUGAGGUUUAAGCUAAGCUCUACUAGGAAGGAAGGAUACAGUAACCAAAAAUUAAACUCAUUUUGGUUUAGCAGCCUAGCAAGUUUGAUAAAAUAGCAUAAGAAAUGAACAUAGCCAGCUAAAAUUUAAAUCUUUUUUAGAUUUAAUUUUUGAUGUGACCUAAGAUGAUUUUUAAAUGCUGAUUUAUGCUCUAGUAAACGACUAAAAAAAACGUUUUAUUUUUGUAGAUAGGGAUUUAUAGACGUGAAAAGUGCUGGGCCGCCAAACUAGUCGAGAAAUUCCAAAUGGGCUGUGAAUACUAAAAAUCAGUGUUGAUUGUCAGACCGUUUUGUAUUCUCGUGAAAUAAAUGUAAUAUUUGCUAUUUUUAAUACUCUGCUAAUAUGCUUAUAAGUAUUUUAAAUAAAUGUAUAUUUGUAACAUGACAAAAUCUAGGGUUUACUGUACCGUUUCUUCUAUCUCAUCCGUUGCCAAAACUAUUGGUCCAAGACCGCACACUCUGGGACUAAGGUAUGUGCUCUAAACCAGAGGUUAAGCGCACGAACCGUUACUUGUUAACAAUCUUUAAUAUGUGACCUGUUGCCAUGUGUUUGAAUUGGCAUAACAUUUCAUCCGAAACUGCAACCAAAGAAAAAACAUUUUUACUGAAACUCUAAGCAUAAUCCUUAAAAACGUACCAACUAUAUAAUAUACCUGUAUAUUUUUAGUAGUAGUUACAUUUAGGCUAGUUAAAAGUUGAAGCUACUUUUGUAAGUUAAGAUUUAAAGUUGUUGCUUAAAUGAGAAAAUAUAACAAAAUUUUUAAUGUUUUUUUUUUUAUUUAAGCAAUAUUCCAUAGAUCAGAACUUACAUAGGGUAUUUGCCAUCUAUCGAUUUUAGAACAAUUUGUUCACAAGUUAUAAUAAUAUUUAUCUAAUUAUACUGAUAAGUUUAUAUUAUAAUAUUAUUAAAUAUCGAGUGCUGAUUGAGCGUUUUCGCCAAAAUAGUUGUUAAAAAAAUUAGUUUACGCUUUGCAAAGUAAGACUAACGCCACCUGGGUAUGAGAUUAAUAAGGUAAAUAUAAUUUUAAUAAGAAUUGCUUUGAUACAGAAAGACAUGCAAUUUAUUCAAAUAUUUAAGACAUAGAAAUAUUUUAUACUAUACAGGGUGUUUCGCAAAGUAAGAUUAAGAAAACUUUACUUUUGGAGGUAUUGCCAGUUGAUUUUUGUUUAUGAGUGAUUUGCAUUCAUUUUUAUCUGGACUAUUUAAAAAAUAAAAUUAUCAAAAAUUUAUUUUUGCCUUAUAUAGUAUGCCUUAAAUAACGUAUGCUGCUAAUGCUCUCUUAGAAAGUAUAAAAUAUACGAAGGUUUAAAACUUGCCAAUUUUGAUGCUUAUUCUAAAUCCUAUAGUAGGGUACAAUCUAGGGUAAACUGUCCAACAGUGAACCAUUUUUAUUUUUUACUCAUUUUUUAAAGAGAAUAGAGAAGGUAAAAAUUUGCAAACUUCAGCUUAUAUUAGUUAUUAUAAUGAUGUAUUAAAUACAGGCACCAUUUAACAAAAAAUAAUAUAGAGUUAAUCUUUAUAA